UCCCACCUCGAGGAGGAGGGCUCACUGUCAAGCGGGCCUCUGCAGACUUGUGAAAAGAGGCGGCCCGAGCGCCUCGGCCCAGCAGUUUCCCCGUCCAGCUCUACCAGGCCAGCCGGCGCCCGGUCCCUGAGAGAGCGUGUGAGGACCCCGCAGGAGCGCGAGCGACGACGGGGGUCACCGAGGCCUUCUGUCCUCGCGUCGUCAAGAGGAUCUCCACAGAGUUUUUUUUUUUUUUUUUUUUCAAGUGCGAUCAUGGACCAGCCGGGCAGCAGUUGCAUGAGGAGCGCCCACCCCAGCACCCCCAUCUGGGGGUGCAUGAGAAACCCUCACUCGGGCGUCCCGGGCGCCAACCUUCAGUCGCCCUAUCAGCAGGCCCCUUUCUCCCUGCACCAGAAGCCCGAGUUCCUGGCCUACACGGAUUUCUCCGGCUCCUGCCUGGUGCCCCACGCCGCCGCGUACCCGCGCGACGACAGACUCUACCCGGACAGCCAGGGUGGCUACCAGAGACCCGACUGGCACUUCAACCCUUGCGAGACCCGGGGUCGGGCCCCCGAGGCCUGCCCGCCCGUGGUCGCCCCCGCCGCCGUGGGGGAGGGCGCGGGUGGCAGGCCCGAGCUGGACGCUGCUGGGGCCGAGAGGCUGCCGGGCGCCUUGCCCGGGUGCCCCGAGGGGGAAUACUCGCCACAGAGCGUGGCGUCGGCCGACUCAGACAAGAAGAGCGGUGGCAAGCGGAAGAGAGAUGUCGCAGACGCGCCGGAGUCGGUCUGCAAGGGCGACGCCAACUGCAAAGCCCGGAAGGAGCGCACGGCCUUCACCAAGGAGCAGUUGAGGGAGCUGGAGGCCGAGUUCACUCACCACAACUACCUGACCAGGCUGCGCCGUUACGAGAUCGCCGUCAACCUGGACCUCACGGAGAGACAGGUGAAAGUCUGGUUCCAGAACCGGCGGAUGAAGUGGAAGCGCGUGAAAGGCGGACAGUCGUCGUCGCCGAACGACCCGGAGAACGACGACAUGGACUCGGCCGCCUCGCCCACCUCCGACUGAGAAAGCGGGAGAAAGGGGAAGGCGGGAACUGGACCCGGGACGCCGGUCGAGUUCUCGCCUCUCUGCAAAGGAAUCCGACAAUUCCAAAGACUUUUUUUUUUUCAAAAAAACAAAAAAAAUUGUGUUCCCAGGGAAAAGAAGACAGCCUAGUGUGUACUUUUCCAAUGUACAUAUUUGAUUUAUGUCCACUCUGAUGUGUGUUUUGUUUGCGAUUCAUCCAUCUUGAGUAUUGUGAGAGGCCUCCUGGACGUCCAAACCGUGUCAUCGCCGUUUGUGUCACGUGACUGCAACCAGCUGCUGAGACUCACUUUACUUAUAUAUAUAUAUAUAUAAUGUGCAUA